AUGUCUGAUUCUGCAAGUGCUGACCUAGCCAAACUCCAUGUCCUCAUUGAGAACCUUCCAACUCUCUGUAAUUCCUUGCCUGCCUCAGUCCCGGAGGCAACAAACAUUGAUCUAAUUCACCAUGUCACCACCACUGUGACUGGUGAAAAUCCAUGGCACACUUUCAACCGUCGUUUUGACAUCCUCUUCAGUGAGGAUUGCCGGGAUGACCAGGGCCGUCUCCAUCACCUGAAACAAGUUGAAGAAGUCAUUUACCUGCUGUCACCACAAGGAUUUACUACAACUGCCCAUGUUCCUAAGGCUGCCGCACCAACCACUGGACCUGAAAUGAUAGCGCUUCCAGCAGCUGAAGGAAAAAAGAAGCAGAUCCAGAAACCUGGUAAAGAGUCAGUUAAUGAUGAUGCAGACAAAGAUUAUGUUCCAUGGAAGCCCAGAGACGUGUCAGAAUCUCCCAUCUGCCCAUACAUUAUUGACGAAGAUGGACAUAAGAUUCUUGACGAGUCAGAUAAUGCAUUACCUGGCCAUACAAAAAAACAGGCUCAUGAUUGGAAACUCACCAUGACCGACUCAGAUUCAGAUGCAAGUGAUGCACUAGUCACAACAGCUGUUACAAGCAAGAAGGUGUCAAAAAGUCGGGCUAAAGGGGGACCAAAGAAGAAAAGAAGCAAGAAGACUCGCACCGCUUUGACCAAACACUCGAAAAUGACUGCCAGCGCUGAGAUGAUAAAUGAUAUUGAUGUCUCUUCAGAGGAUGAAUCUGAUGGACAGGGUGCACUGCGGGCAGUUGAAGAAGCAGAAGAGGAGUUGAGGGGUGGAGGACCAGGUCUGUUCCAUGGACUGAUGGGUGCACUGAUUUUGACGAUGAGAGACCACAGCCACAUCUUGGAAAUUUGUCAACACAUAGUCGACAAGCCCAUGCUGACAAGUGGGAAACACCCCCUACUGACUUUGAUAUCGACAAUGGCACCUCUUCUGCAAAUACCUGGAAAGGAUCAGCUGCUGGAACCAGGCCAAUGUUUCCAACAUGAGAGGGCUUUCUGUGGCACUUUGUUGCCUGGGUCAUUGAAGACAACCUUCCUUGGACAACUGGUGAAACUCCAGGUCAGAUGGGAGCUACCAAGUGAUACUGCUGUCUGGAAAAUGGUUGGGAAAAUCUUUAUUGAGCUUCGUCAUAAUCUAGUGAAGGAACUUACUGCUCUAAAAUCGAAGAUAUCUUACUCAACUGACAACUGGACAAUGAAACAAAUGGUUUUUACCUUUGCUGGAACAACUGCUUCAUUCAUUAAUGAUGAGUGGGAGCUUUCAACUGGCAAGUUUCUUCAAGAGCGCUAUGAUAUCCAGUUCCAUAAAGGAAAUGCACAAAUACGGUGCAUGGCACAUGUUGUGAACCUCGUUGUUCAAGCAAUGCUAGCCAGUUUAGACGAGGCAAGGGAUCCUGAGGAGGAGGACUACUUUGUCCCAAACAAGCACCUUCCAUUCCAUUACGACCUCAAUAACGACACUGAUUUACAAGAGCUCGAGCAAGAACAAGACAGCGACAACAUCGAAAACAAUGACCUUGAGCUUGACAAAGAAGCCGAGAAGCUUUUGAAUGAGUUCCACAGAUUGAGUCCUGUAAAGAAGCUUCAUGAGACUGAAGAAAAUAGCUUCAUCUCCUCAGCGACGGAAGCAGUUCCGUACGAUUUCCAAGCAGGCCUUCGGAAGCUACUGUGCACCCUAAUGGUCAUUCACAAUGUUGCCACUCGAUGGAACUACACUCACGCCAUGAUUCAAAGAGCACUGAUGCUCCAUGAGGCAAUUGAGAAAUGGGUGUUCAAAAGGAAAGAGCUCCAUGAUGAGCUUUAUUUAUCAAGCCAAGAGUGCACUUUUCUCAAGCAGCUUGCUGACAUUCUUGAGGUAUUCACCAAGGUCACAUUUUACAUGUCAUGCUUGAACACGCCAACUUUGCCAUGGGCAAUCCCAAUGUAUCACCACAUGGAAACAGCUUUGCAGUCAGCCACCUCAGAUGAUAAUGUCAGCAGAAAACUGCAGCAAGCAUGUGCAGUUGGGUUGUGGAAGCUUCACCAUUACUUCAACAUGGCUCGACACAACCAUUUCAACACUCUUGCAACUAUUUGUCACCCAGUGCUCCGCCUCGAGUGGUUCCGUAACCUUGAUGACAAUGGAUACACUCAAGCAAAAAUAAUUUUUGAACAUUUCAUUGCACACUAUGAGCUUGCAACACCAGGAGUUGUUCCUACUGCAUCUCACAUGCCUCCACCAUCAGCUUCUCCUGAUGAAGAUUCUUUUCUUUCGUCACUGAUUAAUUUGUGUCCUGAUGGCAAAUCCCACCCAAUGUCGACAGUACCUAUCCAGUCCGAGUUCAAGCGCUAUGCCAUCCUUGCACAGGGUGCCAAGAACCCAAAUGCCUUGAGCAUGCCUCUUAUAUGGUGGAAGUGGUCUUCCCUUGCUGCAGCCACCAUGACACAGUCAAUGUGUGCGAAGCUAUGGAUCCAGCAGGGUCUCUUUGAUUUCAACAAGUAA